AUGGCAGACCCUGAACCACAACAAGACACGUGCCAGUCCGCCAAAGACUCCAUCAAGUUUUCCAUCAAGAACCUGCUCAGCAUCGACAACAGCGACAAGUCCACCAGGCCCAGAAGCUUCUUAGAGGGCAGCUUCUUCUCCCGGAUAGCUGAUUUGUCUCUACCCCGUCUAGAGUUGCCCUCACAGCGGAUCGGGCUGUCCUCAGCAUCCCCUUGGUGGUAUCCUUACACGCUGGGUGCUCAUCUCAAGACAGCAGGUUCAGUGAAAGAUCAACUGUUGCUGCACGACAGACCCUUGCCUGAUCUCCUCAAAAGUGAGCAGGACACCAAAGAGGAAAGCGCGGAAGACGAGGACAGUGACCCUGAGGAACCAAAGAAGGACUCCGAGCGUACAGAAGACGACUGGAGAAAGAAGCCCGACGAUUCUGACGGGAAGCCGUGCAGGAAGAAGAAGACCCGAACUGUGUUCUCCAGGAGCCAGGUGUUCCAACUGGAAUCCACCUUCGACAUAAAGCGGUACCUGAGCAGCUCGGAGCGCGCAGGACUGGCUGCCUCGCUGCACCUGACCGAAACCCAGGUGAAGAUCUGGUUCCAGAACCGAAGGAAUAAGUGGAAGAGACAGCUGGCCGCCGAACUGGAGGCGGCCAACCUGAGCCACGCUGCGGCGCAGAGGAUCGUGCGGGUUCCCAUCCUGUACCACGACAACGGGGCUCCGGAGACCAGCGGGAGUGCAGUGGGGAGCUCCCCCAACAGUCAGGCGGCCAUCCUGGCCCUUUCUCACCACAUGUACUACCCCCAUCCGGUACCCUUACUGAGGCCUAUUUAACACCUGCACACUUUAAAUUGUUGUAAAUUCAAUCUUAAUUUAGCUAAAUUUUCAUGUUGUGUAUACAUUUAAAUAUUUUGUCGAUUGAAUUUAUGAUGUGUCAUUCUUUUAUUUCCCAUGCAUUUACAUUGUGUUAUGCGACAAUCAUAAUUACUGUCAUGUUUGCUCCAAAGUGAUUGGAUAUAUUUUCAUGUGCAAGAAUUGUAUAUAAUGUAUUUUUAAGCCCCUAAAAUGUGCUCGUGGCUGUGUAAAAUUGUCGGAUAAAAUUUUUUGAUAUUUCCAAUGUGCA